GCGAGAUGCCGAGCCCCAAAAAGCAGUGCAGCAGGAAGGUGAAGGAGAAAUCCAUCAGUCUGCAGUCCAAGGACUCACAGAGUGUAGCAGCAAAGAAUCGGAGGGAAAGAAUUAGCGAGCGGCUCAAAAUUCUACAAGAUCUCGUCCCCAACGGCACAAAGGUUGAUCUGGUGACCAUGCUGGAGAAAGCAAUCAGCUAUGUGAAGUUCCUGCAGUUACAAGUGAAGGUGUUGGCCACUGAUGAGUUUUGGCCAGUGCAAGGGGGAAGAACAGCAGAUGUAGGGCAAGUAAAGAAAGCAAUUGACGAUAUCUUAUCCUCUCAGAGAGACAGGAACUCCAGAUGUAAUAAACACUGAAAACUAUGCAGGAG